UCGUAUAGUGCAAUUCCGAGUCGAGUAACGAUAACGUUGGUCUCUCACUGAAUCUUGUGCUCAAAUUUCGCAACCGCGGCUUCAUCUUGUGUCUUGCGCAAAUUACAUUUCCGGCUGUGUCAGGAAAACGCGACAACGCUCUAUAACGAGACAACACGAAAUUUCGCCCUUUUAGAAGCUCUCAAGCACUCCAAAGAUAACGCGAUUUGGAAUCACGUGCUGAUAAGCACUUGACCGGUGUUAUCGGGGAAGCACGUGGAGUCGAGGAGGGCGACCGGAGAAACGAAGCGGAGGAGCGGAAAAACCGGCGCAGCGCGACGCGGCGAGAGAGACACGCGCUCGAGACGUCGCGUCGUCCGUCCGAUCUCCGAUCCCGACUCGAAUUCCGCGCCGUGCGCCCGAGCGCGUCACGUGACCGUGGUGCCUGUCGGCCGCGCGGGCAGGCGGAACCGAGAUUAUAAAUAGAGGACGACAGGCGGCGGGGAGUCUCUUUCACUUCCCGCUACGCGCCGCGGCGCGUCGUCUCUCGUCUCGUCCCAUUCGUUCCGAUAACUCCCCGAUCAUUACGCGGUGUGCCGUGUGCCUGUGUGGAGCUCGCGCGCUCACUUCCCGACACCCGACCCGCUCUCCCUCUCGUGCACGCCGUGCUCGCUCGCGGUCGCGACUGUCGCGUCUAUCCUCUCCUCUCGAAGAAGAGCCACGCGGGGUACAGCCCUGGUGAAGAGAGACGCGGCUCGAUUGCACCCCACCGACCUUUUUAAGCGGGCUCGGUGAAACUCGGAGCGAGGCGCGGCGGAGUGGAAACGACGAGGACGGCGACAACGACGGCAUCGAGGAGGAGGAGGCAGAGGCACGUGGAGUCAGUGGAGGAGACGAGUUCGCUCGCGGCCGUACACGACAGCGGUGCUCGACGACGGCGCGGCGGUGACCGAUCGACCCCCCCGCACCUGCCCCUCCAACGAUUCUGAGUGACGACUGACGACAACUACACCCGUUACGAGAGACGACACGGCGACAACGGCGGCGACGACCCCGAAACGCAGGAAGAUGCCGGAGACCGCGCACCAUAUGAACGGCUACGCGAACGGCCACGCGCCGCCCGAGCUGCAGCAGGACACCUCGUUCCUCUUCACCUCGGAAUCGGUCGGCGAGGGACACCCAGACAAAAUGUGUGAUCAAAUAAGUGACGCCAUUUUAGAUGCACACCUGACACAAGACCCCGACGCUAAAGUAGCAUGCGAAACUGUAACGAAAACUGGGAUGAUACUUCUGUGCGGGGAGAUUACAUCAAAGGCUGUGGUGGAUUAUCAGAAGAUCGUUCGGGAUACAGUGCAACACAUCGGCUACGACGAUUCUUCAAAAGGUUUUGACUACAAGCUGUGCAAUGUUCUGUUGGCGCUCGACGCUCAGUCACCAAAUAUCGCGGCAGGCGUUCACGAAAACCGUAGCGACGAGGAAGUGGGAGCAGGAGAUCAGGGUCUAAUGUUCGGGUACGCGACCGAUGAAACCGACGAAUGUAUGCCAUUGACAGUCGUGCUGGCACAUAAAUUGAAUCAGAAAAUCGCCGAGCUAAGACGAAGUGGAGAACUAUGGUGGGCUCGUCCAGAUUCAAAAACACAGGUAACCUGCGAAUAUAUCAUGGACCAUGGAGCCUGCGUACCUAUAAGAGUCCAUACUGUUGUGGUAUCACUGCAACAUAGCGAAAAAAUCGGUCUAGACGAACUCCGGAAGGCGGUUAUGGAGAAAGUCAUCAAAGAAGUAAUACCCGCGAGAUAUUUAGACGAGAGAACAAUCUUCCAUGUGAAUCCUUGCGGGCUUUUCAUUAUCGGUGGUCCACAGAGUGACGCUGGUCUUACCGGACGGAAGAUCAUCGUAGACACGUACGGUGGUUGGGGAGCGCAUGGUGGUGGUGCAUUUUCCGGUAAAGAUUUUACGAAGGUGGACAGAUCAGCUGCAUACGCUGCGAGAUGGGUUGCCAAGUCUUUGGUAAAGGCUGGCCUUUGCAGACGCUGUCUUGUACAGGUCUCCUAUGCCAUUGGAGUGGCGGAACCAUUGUCUAUCACAGUUUUCGAUUAUGGAACAUCCACGCGUUCUCAAAACGAGCUCCUAGACAUAGUGAACAAGAACUUCGAUUUACGACCCGGAAAGAUCGUCAAGGAGUUAAACCUUCGCAACCCUAUUUAUCAACAAACCAGCACAUACGGUCACUUUGGACGAGACGGUUUCACAUGGGAGCAACCAAAAAAGCUGAUUCUCGAUUGAUGAGAGGAUGUAUUUUAAAUUGGUCUCGGCGUUUCUCGGUCUUAGAUAUUUGAUAGAACAUCUCUGUUUCUCUUUCUCUAACUCUAUCUCCCUUUUUAUCUUCCUCUCAGAGAAGUAAUCGUGUUAUUUCAAAUAAGAAGAAAAAACAAUUUCGUCCGCGAUACUUCAAUUCCCGUGUCGCUACCAUCACCGAAGCCACCGAUUUCUUACGCCAAUGCUUAGCAAUAGAGAGGACUAGGUAUAGGCAGUUCUCUUUCUAGUUCUUUUUGCCAUGGAAUACCGCAUUAUAUAUGUGACGACAGGCAUAGUACAAAUCUCGUUCAUAAUCCGACACACCGGGUAUGAACAGUCAUUUCUUCCUUCACUCUUUCGGUUUUUCGUGUGAUGGUAUCUCUUAACAAUACGGCACAAUAACCAUCUAGAUAUAAUGGGCGCAUUAUGCAAGUAAAAGCGAACCGAGCCUAUAUUAUGGAGCCCAUUGUAAGUUUCCUUGUUCAGGUCUUGAAGAAUUUCUUUCUUGAACUGAUUGUGAGUUAACUCAGUCUGGCAACAGCAAAUCGAUUUUUUCCUCGCUGAUACACGCUGACUACUUACAAACCAGUAAGAAGAAGAGCAACUUGUAGUGUAUUAAAUUUUCAUCUGAAGAAAAUGGAUAAACGAGCGCUACGUGUUUUCAGAUUCGGGAAAUGUAACUGCAGUCUCAUAGAUUUUUAGCUGUAUUUAGUAGCUCCCUCCCACGUACACGAAAGUUCGAUACUCCGACUUAAUCGAGCUAAAUGAGCAAAUUUUUAAUCAGACUGCACGAAUUAUACACGCUAAUUUACGUAAGCCUGUUUUAUUUCAAUAGUGACUCUAUCGACUUUCCAAUCGAUCUUUCGUGUACGUACCUUCAUUAGAAUUAUUAAUCAUUGAGGAGGGAAAAGAAGUGUAAAUUAAUGACAAUGUGUCCUUGGGAUGUGUAUAGCAAAGAAGGAAAUGACGUUUGUGUGUCAUGAACGCGUGUUCGCGUGUCAUGUUCAUGAGUUUCACGAAAGGCAGUUGCAAUACAAUGCCGGAUCGGAUGCAUUUAUCGACGAUAGAUCAACCAUUGUUAAAUAUUUUAGAAUAUUUAAAAAUCAUCAUAUUAGUCUAAUUGAACAGCUUCGUUAUGGAAUUAGACUUCAUUGUUUUAUAGUAUACGCGCGAAUAUUCUUAACUAAGCAAAUUGUGUUUUAAUCGCCCCAUGAAGUGUACGGUCAUUUCCCCCUUUGCUAUUGUUUUAACUAAAUAGAACAAUUGAUGCAACAGAUGUUAUAAAAGGAAGCGAAACCAUUGAAAAUCCAAUUCCGGUAGAGGUCCAGCACAGACCGUGUGACGGAGCUCGCAACUGUUGUAGAAUUUUUCAUUGUUUUUUGGUACAAAUUGUCCCCGACAUAGUCGGAUUUUAAUGGGAGAAACAAAUAGAGAAACAGUUGUAAAAAGAUUUUAGUCAUCUUCUGGCAGAAUUGAUGUGUGCGACUUGUUGCGACGUAAAUCAUAUCGGCAAUAUGUAAUAGUGCACAGGAUCGUAAAAAAAAAGAAAGACAAAAUAAAACGGAUUUUUUAAUAAAAGUA